AUGAACCAGCCACAGAGGAUGGCGCCCGUGGGCACGGACAAGGAGCUCAGUGACCUCCUAGACUUCAGCAUGAUGUUCCCCCUGCCGGUGGCCAAUGGGAAGAGCCGGCCCACCUCCCUGUCCGGGGCCCAGUUCGGAAGCUCAGGUCUCGAGGACCGGCCCAGUUCGGGCUCGUGGGGCACCAGCGAGCAGAACAGUUCCUCCUUCGACCCCAGCCGGACCUACGGUGAUGGCGCCCACUUCAGUGAGUCCCACGGCACCCUCGCUUCGUCCACAUUCCUGGGACCUGGGCUCGGAGGCAAGGGCGGCGAGCGGGGCGCGUACACCCCCUUUGGGAGAGACGCAGGGGUCGGCAGCCUGACUCAGGCCAGCUUCCUGCCCAGCGAGCUGGCCCUCAGCAGCCCGGGGCCGCUGUCCCCCUCGGGCGUCAAAGGCGGGCCCCACUAUUACUCCUACUCCGGUCACCCUCGGCGGAGAGCUGCGGAUGGCGGCCUGGACACACAGCCCAAGAAAGUCCGGAAGGUGCCGCCAGGUCUCCCAUCCUCGGUGUACCCACCCAGCUCAGGUGAUGACUACAGCAGGGACACCGCCACCUACCCACCCACGAAGACCCCCAGCGGCACCUACCCUGCCUCCUUCUACGUGGCAGACGGCAGCCUGCAACCCUCGGCUGAGCUCUGGAGCCCCCCAGGCCAGGUGGGCUUUGGGCCCAUGCUGGGCGGGGGCUCAUCCCCCCUGCCCCUCCCGGCAGGUGGCGGCAGCUCCGUGGGCAGCAGUGGCAGCGGUGGGUUUGGCGGCCUGCACCAGCACGAGCGCAUGGGCUACCAGCUGCACGGAGCAGAGGUGAACGGCGGGCUCCCGGCUGUGUCCACCUUUUCCUCGGCCCCCACGGGCGCCUAUAGCAGUGUUUCCAGCCACACCCCCCCCGUCAGCGGGGCUGACAGCCUCCUGGGCUCCCGUGGAACCACAGCCGGCAGCUCUGGGGACGCCCUUGGGAAGGCGCUGGCCUCGAUCUACUCCCCAGACCAGUCAAGCAAUAACUUCUCAUCCAGCCCCUCCACCCCCGUGGGCUCCCCACAGGGCCUGGCAGGGACAUCACAGUGGCCUCGAGCAGGAGCCCCUGGUGCCUUAUCGCCCAGCUAUGAUGGGGGUCUCCACGGCCUGCAGAGCAAGAUGGAGGACCACCUGGACGAGGCCAUCCACGUCCUCCGCAGCCACGCUGUGGGCACAGCAGGGGACGUGCACGGACUGCUGCCCGGCCAUGGGCCGCUGGCCUCGGGCUUUGCUGGCGCUGUCAUGCCACUGGGCGGGCGGCACGCUGGCCUGGUGGGCGGCAGCCACUCGGAGGAUGGCCUCUCCAGCAGUGGCGGCCUCGUGCACAACCACGUGGCCCUCCCCGACCUCUCCCGGCCGCCUGACUCCUACAGCGAUCUCGGGCGCGGCGCCGCCCCGGGGCCCGGCGACAUCAAGCGGGAGGAGCAGGAGGACGGAGAUAACGUGGCGGCCGACACCGCCGAAGACGAAAAGAAGGACCUCAAGGCCCCGCGCGCCCGGACCAGCCCGGACGAGGACGAGGACGACCUUCUCCCCCCAGAGCAGAAGGCUGAGCGGGAGAAGGAGCGCCGGGUGGCCAAUAACGCGCGGGAGCGGCUGCGGGUCCGAGACAUCAAUGAGGCUUUUAAGGAGCUGGGGCGCAUGUGCCAGCUGCACCUCAACAGUGAGAAGCCCCAGACCAAACUGCUCAUCCUGCACCAGGCCGUGUCGGUCAUCCUGAACCUGGAGCAGCAGGUGCGAGAGCGUAACCUGAACCCCAAAGCGGCCUGCUUGAAGCGCCGAGAAGAGGAGAAGGUGUCCGGCGUGGUCGGAGAUGCCCAGAUGGUGCUGUCGGCCGCCCACCCAGGCCUGGGUGAGGCCCACAACCCUGCCGGGCACAUGUGA